AUGGUAAAAGGACCUAAGCAGGUAAGAAAGGCCAGGAACACAGUCAAGCUGAACAACUACCAAGAAGCUAUCAACAAAGUGGACAAGUACUGGGACCAGAUCCCUGAAGAUAAGAUCUUCAAAAAGGAGAUUUUAUUGGAGAAUGAUUACAUCUUUCACAUGAAUAAUCCGAUAGUUGUGAGGAUUGUUUUCCAGAGAUUUUGUAAAUAGUCAUCUAGUGCAGUAUAAGAUGGAAUUGAGCAAGGUGAAGGAGGAUGUACCAGAUGAAAUUCAGGAAUUAGUGAAUGACCUUAACGAGUUCACAAUUGCGUUCAACGAAAUGCAGAAAGAAUUCAAGAAUCUGGAGAAAAUCGAGAAUAAUUGCGAUCCAAAAGACUGGGAAGAUCUCAAGAAAACAGCAAAGAGCUUAUAUAAAAGAGUACGCAAAGGUAGAGAGGAUCUCAGAAAUUCCAGAUUUUACUCAGUCUUAGGGGAGGAAUUCUACAAAAAUCUUCCUUGUACUCUUGAACAUCUGUCAGAAACUCGUGCUAGCAUCCUCAGCAACAUUGAUCUGCCUGUAGACCCAAUCGGAAUGGCUGCUUAUGAGAAACGUAUCAGAAAGAUCCAUAAUAAGAAAAUCAAGCUCUACACUAAGAUUCAUGAAGAAGAGGAAGAGAAGAGAGGUUUAGAGAAGAAGAUUGCUAAACGAGAGAAGAAGAUUCGCAAGCUAAGCGUAGAGGUAUCCAAUAAAGACGAAAAGAUUAGAAAUGUCCAAGAAGAAAUAGAGAAAUGGAAGUCCAAAUUUUAUCAGAAAGCGGAAGAAGUUAAGAAACAAAAGAAGGAAAUUAAGAAAAUAGACAAAAUUAAUAAGAAAUUAGAGAAGGAAAAUGAGAGAAUAAUUGAGAUCAACAAGGAUUUGGCCAAUCAGCACAAUGACCUUGUCACAGUAAUAGGAGACGGGCUUGACGGUCCAGCAAUUCCCUUUACAGACUAUGAAUCUGAACACCCUCUCACAGAUGGUGGAAAAGAGGAAAAGAAAAAGGAAAAGAAGAAAAAGAAGCACUCUUCACUAAAAGAUGUUGAUGUAAAAGCUGAGAAUGAUGAUUCCCAACCAGAUAAAGAAGACAAGAAAGCAUCUGAAGAUCAGAAAGAGCCUGAAGACCAGAAAGAGCCUGAAGACCAGAAAAUGCCUGAAGACCAGAAAAUGCCUGAAGACCAGAAAAUGCCUGAAGACCAGAAAAUGCCUGAAGACCAGCAAGUACCCGAAGACCAGAAAGCGCCUGAAGACCAGAAAGUGCCUGAAGACCAGAAAGCAUCUGAAGACCAGAAGGCUCCUGAGGACCAAAAGGCGCCUGUGGAUCAGAAAGCGCCUGAGGACCAGAAAGUGCCUGAAGCCCCACAAGUCCCUGCAGACCAACAAGUCUCUGCAGACCAGAACCAAGACAAAGACAAUAAAGCUCAAGAUGAGAGCAAAGGAUAACCUCAUACUUACUCUA